UAAUUAAAUUAAAAGAUAUUCCAAAAAGUUAUGUUUUACUUUUUAAAAUUGGUUUUAAAGGGACAUGUUCCUGUCAAAACUCCCCUACUAUGUCUUUUUAAUAAAUGCCUCUGUGUUGUGAUUGAAUCUGGGCAUGUGGGCUGAGUGGUGGCAGUUGUUGCAGUGCUCAGUGGGUCAAAGCUAGGUGCUGGCUGUGAAGACCCCGUGAUCUGACAUUUAUAGUUGCAGAGAUAUAAAUAGUGGCAGCGUGUGUGGGUGCUGAGUAACACUUGCUGUUGUAAACUCCACCGAUUGCGGACUGCCAUUUGACUGAAGAGCAAGCCAUUGUGCCUGAAGUACUUCUGACAGAUGAACACAGAGACAGAGGAUGACUUUUAUCAAUCGGAGGACGACUUGGAUGAAGAUGAGGCGACGCAGUACAUCAUUGAACAAAGUCUUAUUCAAUAUAGAAAACUCAAAGGAUUGAAUCCAAGUGAUCUGAAACCCAGUGAAGACCCUGAUGAGAUUUUCAAAGCUAUUAAGGAAGGUGAUGAAGAUGCACUGGACAUACUGGCAUUGCAACCAGAGACCCUUUCCAGAGUUGAUGACCGUGGAUGGAUCCCUUUGCAUGAGGCUGCUGUGCAGGAGAAUAAAUGUAUACUCGAGAUGACCUUCUCAGCGUCACCCCCGGGUGCAGCCCAGUGUCGUACUCUGAAGGGUGAGACGCCGUUGUUUCUCGCCGUGGUUCAUGGACUCAGAGAGAGUGCUACAUUCCUGUUACAGAACGGUUCUAGCCCGGAUCUCCUGAACGAUGAGCAGGACUCUCCUUUAGUGGCAGCUAUUCUGAACGAUCAGUAUGACUUGGCCACCCUCUUGCUCCGCUACAAUGCCAGUGUAGACCAAACUGGACCACUGAACAGGACAGCGCUACAUGAGUCCGCCUUUUUAGGCCUGGAGAACUUUGUCUAUCUGCUACUGGAGUCUGGAGCCAACCCAAAUGCGUGCGACAUCAAAAUGAAAACUCCACUGGCUCUAGCUGCACACAAUGGACAUCUGAACGUGGUGGAGGUCCUCUUACAGAAAGGAGCCCACGUGUGGUGUGAGUCGGAAUCAGGCACCAUAUUGUUCGAUGCAGCACGAUCAGGUAACCCUGACAUAAUCUCCCUGCUGCUGGACCAUGGAGCAGAUCCCAACCGACCUAUGUACGGUGGGCACCUGCCAAUCCAUCGCGUGGCCUACCAUGGACAUAUACUGGCUCUCGAGCAUCUCAUACCUGUGACUAAGCUGGAGGCAGUAAAGGAAAGUGGGAUGAGUCCUCUCCAUUCAGCAGCUGCUGGUGGACAUGCACAUUGUGUGGAGAUGCUGCUCAAAGCUGGCUACGAUCCAAAUGUUAUGCUUCACCAAAGGGUGAGGCGCAACUAUGAUGACGAGCGAAGGUCUGCCCUUUUCUUCGCUGUGUCCAACAAUGAUCUGCAGUGCACCCGCUUGCUGUUGGAGGCUGGGGCAAUGGUGAACCAGGAUCCUAUCAACUGUUUGCAGGUGGCUCUAAGACAGGGAAACUAUGAACUGAUCAACACGUUGCUAAAGUCAGGGGCAAAUGUGAACUACUACUCCCGAAUCAACACCACCCACUUCCCCUCAGCACUGCAGUAUGCUUUGAAAGACGAGGUCAUGCUGCGGAUGAUUCUUAACCAUGGAUAUGAUGUCAAGCGUUGCUUUGACUGUCCCUAUGGAGAUAGUUCCCAUGACUACGCUCCUUGGACGACCUCUAUCAUCAAAGACAUGGUGUUCUGCGAGGUGAUAACAGUGUCCUGGCUCAAACACAUCUCUGCUCAGGUGGUGCGCAUCAUGUUGGACUACACUGACCAUGUCACCUUCUGCACCAAGCUCAAGGACACGUUGAGUGAGCAGAAACAGUGGCAGGAGAUCUGUCACAUUCAAAGAAAUCCACGGAACCUGAAGCACCUUUGCCGGCUGCGAAUAAGGGAGCAUUUCAGUCGUCUGCGCUUAAGAGCUCCAGUUUUUAUCAACUUUCUUCCUCUUCCCCCCAGGUUGAAAGAUUAUAUACGCUACAAGGAGUUUGAUGUCUACAGCAGGGGCAGCAUGAUUAGCCCACAGUGAAAAUGCAUUUAUAGAUUUGAACGAUACCACUGUGAUAAAGGGACAAAGACAGUCGGCCCAUUACCUGUUUACCUUGAUAUUGUGUGUUUUUAACAUUAUAUAAUUUUCCCCAGAAAAAAAAUGUAUGAAGGCUACUUGAUGCCUUGCAAUCAAUUAUAUUUGUACAAAACAAUACUCUUGUGUAAUUUCCUCCAAUAGCUUGUGUAACAUGUUACCGCCUUGUUUACA